AGCUGCGGUUUAAAGUCGACCUUAAAUUUUGAAGCUUAGCAUUUUACUAGGUGUUUUUCUCCACGUUGCGUCUUGAUUAAUAUUAGUAUUAGUAUUAGUAUUUGCAUAACCCGCAUGCUGGUUGGCUGAGAGGCAAUCAUCCCAUCUUGGUGAAACAAACUCGCCCUGCUUUACAGCGAGGAGGAGGAACGGAGCGUAUCUGCUCUGGACACACUCUGCUUUAAUUAAUCAAAUAAGAAGCUAUUUGACAAAAGCCGGCAAGGACUCCAGGGGCUGUGGAGGAGGUGGACUAGUGCAAUGAUGACGGGCAAAUCUGUGAAAGACGUUGACAGAUACCAGGCUGUUCUCAACUCUUUACUGGCGCUGGAAGAUAAUAAAUACUGCGCUGACUGCGAAUCAAAAGGUCCAAGAUGGGCGUCCUGGAAUUUGGGCAUCUUCAUUUGUAUCCGUUGUGCUGGUAUCCAUCGAAACCUGGGCGUCCACAUCUCCAAGGUCAAGUCUGUCAAUCUGGACCAGUGGACACAGGUGCAGGUCCAGUGUGUUCAGGAGAUGGGAAACGCCAAAGCCAAACGUCUCUACGAGGCUUUCUUACCCGAGUGCUUCCAUCGCCCUGAGACGGACCAGUCUGCAGAGAUGUUCAUCAGGGACAAGUACGACAAGAAGAAGUACAUUGAUAGGGUCAUUGACAUCCAGAUGCUCAGGAAAGAAAAGAGCUGCGACAAUAUACCCAAGGAACCAGUUGUGUUUGAGAAGAUGAAAUUGAAAAAAGACGUCAGCCCCAAAACAGAUUCCCAGUCUGUUACAGACCUGCUUGGAUUAGAUACCCCUGCUCCAAGUCCUGCCGUGUCUAAUGGCGGAGGAUGUAUUUCAGACAGUAAUGGGAGCCCAGCAGUGUCCAAUACAGCUCUGGCGCACUCUGCACUCGAUCUCUUCAGCUCCCUGCCAGCACUCUCCUCUUUUUCCUCUAAAAGAAACACGCCUGUUUCCAGCUCCAUGCCUCAGAGCAGAGUGACCGCUUCGGUGCCUGAAAACCUCAGUCUGUUCCUGGAUCGGACACCAAAAGCAGAAGGGGGCACUGUUAGGAAACUGUCCAAGGACUCUAUUCUCUCCCUGUACGCCUCCACCCCCUCAGUUCUCUCCAGCAGUAUGUCUACUCACGGCUUGUACAUGAACCAAAUGGGAUACCCGACGCACCCAUACGGAUCGUACCAUUCUUUAGCCCAGGCAGGUGGAAUGGGCAGCGCCAUGAUGACACCAAACAUGGCCAUGAUGGGACAGCAACAGAGCGGCCUGAUGGGACAGCAGAAUGGCUUGAUGGGUGCCCAGGGUGUCAUGGCACAGCCUAGUGGCGCUAUGGUGUCACCCUACAUGACAGGGAUGACCCAGGGCAUGAUGGGACAGCAGCAAAGCGGAAUGAUGGUGCAACAGCAGAGUGGGAUGAUGGUACAGCAGCAGAGUGGGAUGAUGGUACGGCAGCAGAGUGGGAUGAUGGGACAACAACAGAGGGGGAUGGUGGGGCCGCAGCAGAAUAGCAUGAUGGGACAACAACAGAGUGGGAUGAUUGGACAGCAGCAGGUUGGAGGUUUACCUCAUCAGCAGGCGCAACAUGCCCAGCAGCUACAGUGGAACAUUACCCAGGGCAGCGUGGCCGGCAUGAAUGUCUGUAACACCAACGGUGUGAUGGGAUACAGCAGUCAACAAACGGGAGCCUCGACAACUCAAAGCUCAGCGCACAUGACAGCACAUGUUUGGAAAUAAUUAUCUACAAGAGAAGCGAUGUAACGCCAAUAACCCGAAAAAGAGAGGGGAACUGAGUUGUAGGAAUCUGUGGAUCAGACUCUCCAGGAGACAUUUUGAAAUGCAAGGGAGGAGGAGGAGGAGGAGGAGGAGGGAGAGGAGAGGAGACCUGUGUGAAGAAGAAAAAGGAUUGGGAAAACACCACUACCUCUCUUUCUCUCUCCUCUCUGCCCAUGCUUCCUCUUCUCAUCCAUGGCCAUGUUUUGCAUAUAUCCAUAUUUGCCUUCAGAACACUUUGGUAUGAUGACCAACACAACAGGGUUCAGAGGUUCAAUGGUUAGGACUAGACAUCGUUCUUUGUACCUAGCCUGUAUGUACGUGCUGUGUGUGGGUGUCAACCAACUUCUUGACUUAAAAGAACAGUGGGCUUUUGGGAGAAUUUCAUAGUUUUUUUUUACUUGAUGAGAAUCAGAAGAAAAUGCAACGCUCACGUACCAUAACUCAAUUGGUUGAUGUGCUUGAAUAUUGACUUUUUUUUAGAACAAGACGCAUUUCCCUUAAAAGGAUGGAGACAUAUCUUAUUGCAAGGCUAAAAGUUAAGGCUAAUAUUUUUAUAUCUGUUGAAUAGUUUGCCAUUUUGGGAAAUGUGUUUAUUUGCCUUUUUUUUGCUGCGAGUGAGAUGAGAAGAUCAAUAGCACUCUUAUGUACGGCAAAUAUGAAGCUACCAGCAGAAGCUAGUUAGCUUAUCUUAGCUUAGCAUAAAGACUAGAGACAAAACAACCAGCCUGACUCUAUCCAAAGACUUUGUACGCAUUAAACAAAUGAGCUAUAACAUGUUAAUCAGUGAGCUUUAGAUGUGCUGGUGUUGCUACGACAGAGACAGGCUAGCCGUUUCCAGUCUUUGUGCUAAGCUAACUGGCUGUUGUCAUUAGCUUCAUAUGUAGCCUACCAUGCAGACAUGAUCGUGGUAACGAUUUUCUCGUCUAACUCUCUGCAAGAAAGUGAAUUAGCGUUCAGCUUAUAUCAAACCAAAAUGUCCAACUAUUCUUUUAACCUAGCGUUAACACUUUUUAUAAACAAAUAAUUCACAACAGGAUCCGACAAUUAGCUUAAUUUUAGCUGCAACUAUAUCUGCGAAGGAAGGAGCAACGUCAAAGCUUUCAAGCGCACAGGGGGAUAAGAUUUUGAUGUUAAUGGGCAAAUUAUUUAAAAUGAUAUUACCCUUCUUGUAAGAGGAGAAUCAAGCUAGGCUAGUCUACGCUAGUCUGUUAUUUCAUCACACCCUCAAGCUGCAAGUUAGAGGGCCAAAAAGGCAUUUGGCUACUGAAUUAGCCUGGCUCUGUUUAAAUACUUAAUAUAAAUUCUUAGAUCCUCACUGUCCCACAAGUUAACGCAGCUACUAAACCUACAUCCCUUAUUUAUGAUGUCUUCUACUCAAUUUACCGAGGGCUUCUUUUAGAAAUCAUUAUCUACUCCUGACUUUUAAGUGUCAAAAGUCCUAAACUGGAUUUUUGGAGACCAAAGAUCAACGCUAGCUUUAUUAUGGUUGUACAGUAUUCCAAUGCUUUGUGAUAUCUGUGUAGCCACUUAACUAGUGAUAAGUAGAACAUUUAAUUCAGCACUCCUUUAACGGUAUGUUUGGGUCGAACCUACUCGAUGAAUGUUUGGGCAUAUCAAUUCACUGUGCUAUUUCCUCAGACAGGGUGGGACACUUUAAAAAGUCACUUGCAUGCGUGUAAAUGUUGAGGUAACGCUCACACACCUCAAGUUAAUCUACCUUGUACAAUAGAGGCCUCGAAUAAUGUUGAAUGUCUGUAUAUAAGAGAGAAAUAGAGAGAGAGAGAGGUGGGGGGGACAAAGGACAACUCAAAAGAUACAGAUCAUGUUUCAGAUUCUUCCACUGAAUUGCAUGAGGGGAAUGUUUAUCUAGCUCUUAUUGUUUGUGCUAUGUUUAUCAAGAUGUGCGAAUGAGUCUCUCUGAAUCUUUCUACACGUCGAUCCGUCUUUGACCAAGAACAACAAAAUGUCUAAAUGAAUGUGCGUCCUGAAUGUGUUUCAUGACCGUACUGGACUCGUUUUAAAUACCCCGCGAGUAUCGCUGGGGUGCGUUUCUUUUUGAUAUUCUACGACUAUGUCAAGCAAUGUACACUUGUGUCUUUUCAAUGUUCUGUGGUCAACAGCGUCCUGUCUGUUUUUUGGUGAAUUGUUCAAUUCCAACCAAGUUUUAAUGUCUUAACGUCAAAUUAGGAUCGAACUGUGACCCGGCUGACGGGUUUUCAGGUCACAUGGGGGCGUUUACAAUUUGAAAAGUGAUUGUACGACCGCAAUCUGUCAACUUUCUAUGUGUUCGUUAACCCUCAACCCCGCGAGCCAUCUGUGUCCCGAUUUAUCUGAAAGAGUUUAUGUUGGUUCUUAUAAAUGCAUGAAGCCAUUAGUCUAAAUAAUCUCAGUUUUUUCCAUAUUAGUUGCCACUUUGAAUGUGAGGGGUAAGAUCUUAAAGAGGACAUACUGUGGCAUGACAAGUUUCAUAUUAACUGCUCCUAAGAAACGAGUAGUUCAGCCUUCUACAACUCAGAAACUUGUCUAUUCCCUCCCAGUUAUUUCUUUCAAUUGUAUCUUAUUUGGUGGCAGCAGCAGUCACUUUCUCUGCUGAGAGCAAUAUCACCACAAGACAAUGUGUAGAUCUGUCAGCUGGCGAUGAGAAGUUUCUGAAAAAGCAGUAAAAAUACAUUUCUGUGGGCUCAUGUUGAUUAUCUUUUAACUUUAGUUCGCUUGUAAUCUUUUGUUUGGUAUAUUUUCUGUGAAAUAAGAGCAAAUAAAAAGGAAUGUAUCUUUUUAUGUACUUGUCAAUCAAGAUAUCGUGUACUUUAUUCUUUAUCAGAAUAUCUCCGUAUAUUAUGUCCCAGCUCAGUAGUAUGUUAGUUCUGCAUUUACUUUUUCACAUGCUUUGCCCCUCUUCUGAUUUAAUAGUCACUAAACAUUUGAGAAUAUGUAAAUGAUACAUCUGUAAAAACAUACAAAAUAAAUAUUGUUUUGAUUAAA